CUUCCCAUUACCCGAUCUCUAGCGAGAAUGGACUCUAAGCCGCUAUAGCUGCCCAGACCCACAAUCCCGGGGCCUCCCCCGGGCGAAGGGGCGUCGAAGGGACGCCUUUCUCUCCGCCUGCCGUUGAGGGACCGCUCUGAUCGUCCCGGAGCUGCUGGAUCUCGGCCAGAAUUUCUGCAAUGGGCCUUGCUGCUGCUGCUCUUCAGGAAUAAUCCAAGCUGGAGAAGAUGGGGUCGCACAUCCUUCUGACAUCCAGUCCUCAGGACUCAGUGACCUUCCCUGAUAUAGCCGUGACCUUCUCCUCUGAGGAGUGGCCAUGCCUGGACACCUCUCAGAGGAAGCUCUACAGAGAUGUGAUGCUGGAGACCUACCAGCACCUGCAGGCAGUAGGGCAUUGCCGGGUGAAGCCUGCAUUGAUCUCCUGGUUGGAAGGAGGAACCCUGGAGAGGCUGCAGAGAGUCAUAUUAUCAGCAGAACCAAAGCCAGAAAUCCAUCCAUGUCCCUUCUGCUCUCUCGCCAUCUCCAGUCAGAAGUUUCUUGGUCAUCACAUAAAACAUAGUCAUCCCUCUUGGAUCUUCCCAGGAACGUCUGCAAGAAAGUACUCUCAAUCAGAGAAUUCCUGUCCAGGUGAUCAAAACCAAUGGCAGCAACAUUCUGAUACACAUGAUGACAAAUUUAACAACAAACCAAGGAAUGACAAGCUUGAAAGUCAAAAGCACAAAAAAAGCUCCAUAGGUUGGGCUAACAAAAUAAGGUAUAAAAGAAUUUCAAGAGCCUUUUCUAGCCCAUCUAGCAGACUUAUAGGGAGCUCUAAUAAACAUGAGUUGGCAAUGGAGGAAGAAACUAAUACAAGCCAGAAAAAAAAUAGAAAAGACACAGGCAGAGUAGUUGCAGAGAUAGGAAUGCCAAGAAUUUUAAGAGAGAAGUAUGUAAGGCUUGAGCAAGGCUUCAGUGAAGAAUCAAACCUCCUCCCACACCAGAGAACACACACAGGUGAGAUGCCCCAUGUUUGCAGGGAGUGUGGCCGAGGUUUCAGAAAGAAAUCAAAUCUUAUCAGACACCUGUGAACACACACAGGGGAGAAGCCCCAUGAUUUCAGGGAGUGUGGGCAAGGCUUCAGUCAAAGGUCACAUCUCAUCAGACACCAAAGGACACACACAGGAGAGAAGCCUCAUGUUUGCAAUGAUUGUGGGCGAGGCUUCAUUUGGAAGUCAACUCUCAUCAGACACCGUAGGACACACACAGGGGAAAAACCCCAUGUUUGCAGGGAGUGUGGACGAGGCUUUGGUCAGAUAUCAGUUCUUAUCACACACCAGCGGAUACACACAGGGGAGAAGCCCCAUGUUUGCAGUGAGUGUGGGCGCCGCUUUAAUCAGAGGUCAAAUCUCAUCAGACACCAAAGGACACACACAGGAGAGAAGCCUCAUGUUUGCAAUGAUUGUGGGCGAGGCUUCAUUUGGAAGUCAACUCUCAUCAGACACCAUAGGACACACACAGGGGAAAAGCCCCAUGUUUGCAGGGAGUGUGGACAAGGCUUUGCUCAGAUAUCAGUUCUUAUCACACACCAACGGACACACACAGGGGAGAAGCCCCAUGUUUGCAGUGAGUGUGGGCACCGUUUCAAUCAGAGGUCAAAUCUCAUCAGACACCAAAGGACGCAUACAGGAGAGAAGCCUCAUGUUUGCAAGGAGUGUGGGCGAGGCUUCAGUAGGAGGUCAAAUCUCAUCAAACACCAGAGGACACACACAGGUGAGAAGCCCUAUGUUUGUAGGCAGUGUGGGCGAGGUUUCAGUCAGAGGUCAAAUCUCAUCCCACACCAGAGAACACACACAGGUGAGAUGCCCCAUGUUUGCAGGGAGUGUGACCGAGGCUUCAGGAAGAAAUCAAAUCUUAUCAGACACCUGAGAACACACACAGGGGAGAAGCCCCAUGUUUGCAGGGAGUGUGGGCAAGGCUUCAGUCGAAGGUCAUAUCUCAUCACACACCAGAGGGGACACACUGGAGAGAUGCUUCAUGUUUGCAAAGAGUGUGGGCAAGUCUUCAGUCGGAAGUCAUAUCUCAUCACACACCAGAAGACACACACUGGGGAGAAGCCCUGUGUUUGCCAGGAAUGUGGGCAAGGCUUCAUUUGGAAGUCAACCCUCAUCAGACACCAUAAGACACACACAGGGGAGAAGCCCCAUGUUUGCAGGGAGUGUGGGCGAGUCAGAAGUCAAGUCUCAUCGCACACCAGAGGACACACAAAGGAAGAAGCCCCAUGUUUGUAGGGAGUGUGGGCAAGACUUUAUAGUCAGAGGUCACAUUUCAUCACACAGCAGAGGCCGCACACAGGAUUAAAGUCCCAUGUUUGCGAGGAGUGUGGCCAAAGCUUCAGUGAGAGGUCAUGUCUCCACAC